AUGUCAGGCACUGGGGAGCUUUUGAAAGCGGCUGGUGGUUUCGGACCGUUUCAGAAAUGGCUGAUGGUGCUCAGCUCCCUUCCAUGCUUCAGCCUGUCUUUCCACCAGUUUUGCCAGCUCUUUAUGGUCCCGGAUGUGCCCCAUCACUGCGACACCAGCUGGAUCCGGGCGGUCGGUCCCAACCUGACCGAGGACGAGCUGCUGAACCUCACGGUGCCGCGGGGUGCGAGCGGGGCGUACGAGCAGUGCUCCAUGUACUCCCCUGUGGACCGCGACCUCGACUCCAUCGUGGCCUACGGCCUCAACGCCACGCAGAAGUGCAGCAACGGCUGGGUGUACCCUGCACACCAUGAGGAGACGCUGGUCACUCAGUUUGACCUUGUGUGUGACAAGAAGGACCUGAAUGACAUCUCCCAAGCCAUUUACAUGCUGGGGCUUCUCCUGGGAGCCAUGAUCUUUGGACCCUUAAGUGACAGAAUCGGUCGUCGGCCUGUUAUUCUAAUCUCCAUGCUCAUCCAGGGCUUAUUUGGUGUUGGAAUUGCCUUUGUGCCCCAUUUCUACGUGUACAUGGCCUUCAGGUGUGUCGUGGGGGCUUCCAUGUCGGGGAUCACCAUGACAAUAUUGGCUUUAGCUAUGGAAUGGGUUGGUGUCUCCUACCGGCCCCACGCAGUGCUUGUUUCUCACUGUUGUUUUGCCAUCGGACAGAUGAUUUUGGCUGGCUUGAGUUACGGUAUCCGCAACUGGAGACUGUUACAGAUUGCAGGAUCUGUACCUAUAUUUGCCCUUUUCUUCUACUUCUGGGUCCUACCAGAAUCAGCUCGGUGGCUGAUGACAAAAGGUAGAGUAGAAGAAGCUAAGAAGAUCCUUCAGAAGGCAGCAUCCAUGAACAAGCGCACCAUCCCACCAGGGCUCCUUGAGCAGUUGAAGCCUGAGGUACAGACCAAGCCUGGAAGUACUAUGGAUCUCUUCCGGAAGAAGCACCUCUGCAAGGUGACAUUAAUCAUGUUAUGCGCCUGGUUUGCCAAUAGCCUUGCCUACUAUGGGAUCAGUCUGAAUGUGACAAACUUUGGAUUGGACAUCUACCUGACACAGCUUGCAUUUGGAGCAGUGGAAAUCCCAGCUCGAGCGUCUUGUAUCUUGCUGCUACAGUGGUUUGGGAGGAAGAAAUGCCAGGGUUUUCUCCUGCUGCUGAGUGGUCUGGUGUGUCUGAUCAUCACUGGCAUCCCUGAAGAUCUGCCCGUGGUGAUCACUGUUCUGGCCAUCAUCGGGAAGUUUGCCACCUCGGCCUCCUUCUCCACCUCCUACGUGUACACAGCAGAGCUGUUCCCCACCGUGGUCAGGCAGACCGGCGUGGGGCUGUGCUCCAUGUCAGCGCGGGUAGCGGGGAUCAUCGCCCCGCUGAUCCGCCUGCUCGCGCGCUACCAUCACUCCGUGCCCAUGGCCAUCUUUGGCAGCGUCCCUGUCCUGGCGGGGCUGCUAUGCUUCCUGCUGCACGAGACCCGCGGCAUGGACCUCGUAGAUGACACCUCGGCGGCUGCUCCCCAGCACAGGUCCUGUGAAAAUGCCAACAGGAGCUCUGAAAAUGGACACGUGAAAGCAAAAGGUGGUGACCUAGACAAAGAGCACGCAGAGUCCACAUACUUCUAGCUGGUCCUGCAUGCAGCCAUAAUCAGAGGCAACUGAGCACUGUGUUGGCACUGAGGAUGGUCAGGGUCUCCAUUUGCAGUACACCAGCGCUCUCAGCCAAGCAGUCACUGCCAAUUCUUUUCCCCUUUAAUUUCUUUUUU